UGAAGUGCGAACCGAAAGAAAAGAUUCAUUCACCUCUUUUUGGACCUCCACUUCUUUCCUCUUUAGUACACAACAUACAUAACAUCCAAACCAUACAAGCCAUCCAUCCAUCCAAGCCAUCCAUCCAUCCAUAUACAUCCAUUCAUAUACAUCCAUUCUUAUUAUACAUCCAUUCAUCCAUCCACCCACCCACACAAACCUUACCUCUCCCAUCUCCCAUCUCCCAUCUCCCAUCUCCCAUCUCACAUAUCACUCCAACCUCCAACCUCAAUUAGUAAAAUCCACAUCCACAUCCGCACCCGCACCCUCACACCCUCACCCUCGCCCUCGCCCUCACCCUCACCCUCACCCACUUCAACAUCAACAACAACAUCAUUCGUAUUCCUUUUCUCAUCCAAACAUCAUCAGCGUGGGUCAGCCAAUAACUUCACCCAAUUCAAUCGUUAUCAAUUCAUCUCUUCGUUACCCUAUUUUUUUUGCGAAUUGCCGAAUGCAAUUAAUAGCUUUUCAACUUAGCAUUCACUUGGCACCAUUGGAAUAGGUGGUGUUGCGACAGAUUGUAAGACCUAGGUAAAUAAAAAAAAAGUUGCAAACGCGCAUUUCCACACUUCAAUCACAGCCUCAAACUAUAAGCAAACUGUUGCGCACAAUCAAAAGUAAGCAUGUCACCCAUCUUAUCUCCCCUCAUCUUCUCUUCUCUCGCAUCUCUUGUUUUCUCGCCUUGGCGCGACGCACGGAAAGAGAUCGUGAUGUUCCCUCUGAAGAAAGCUGCAAUUGUGCCUCUUCCAAUCUGAGUUUGCUGACCAUCUAAAGGCACGUCACCCAAAACAAUCUCGAAAUCGCAUCAAAGGUCGAUCAAUAUACAAUGUCUAUGUACAACCAUCGCGGUUUGGGUCCUGCCCCAGGUACCGCUCGAUUGAAUGAAUUGUUGGAUGGCAUUCGCGCCGAAUUUGAUACACAACAACGAGCAAGUGGGGAAUAUGAACAUAAUAUUGCACAACAAAUACAAGAGAUGCAAAUGGUUAGAGACAAGGUCUAUCAAAUGGAACAACAACAACUGCUCUUGAAGCAAAAAUAUGAUGAUGAAAUUCAGCGCCUCCGUCACGAACUCGACGCCAGAGGAGGCGCUUCUCGUCCACCUGCCAUAGGUGGCCCUCCACAACAUGCUCCAUCUCAAGCACCACCAGCAAUCGGACAUGGCCCAAGUAAUCUUUUUGGAGGUAUAAUGGCUGGUCAAGCAGCUCAAGGAGGUCCAGGUUUGGCUCCUCCGCCACAACAACAAGAUGCGCAAGGUCCACUUCCACCACACGCAAUGCCUCAACCACAACCAACUCUUCAAGGUCCUCCACCAAAUCAACAAGGUCCUUUCCAAGGUGGCUACCCUCCACAAGGUCCUCCACAAAAUGGUCCAUAUGGCGCUCAGCCUCCUCAAUCAACCGCGUCUCCAGGUCCCGGUAAAGGAGGCCCACGACAAAACCGUGGCCCAGGCGGCCCAGCAACUCCUCAAAUGCCACAACAGUUGCCAUACAAUAACGAUCCUAGACAAUCACCACAAGUCGGUCACCCAUUAGCUGGUAUCGCCCGUGGACCUCAAUACCCUGUCGGCAAUGUGGGAAACGCUUUGGCAGAAUUGGACCUUGAACGAUUACCACCACAAUUUAAGAAAGUAGAGGCCGAUUGGUUCGCAAUUUUCAACCCAGAUGUGCCAAAGAUUCUUGAUGUUGAUCUUGUUCAUACGCUCAUUCACGAAUCCGUGGUUUGCUGUGUACGUUUCAGUCAUGAUGGAAAAUUUGUCGCAACGGGUUGCAACAGAUCUGCUCAAAUCUACGAUGUUGUCAGUGGAAAUAAAGUUUGCGUUCUUCAAGAUGAUUCUGUAGACUCCGUUGGAGAUCUUUACAUUAGAAGUGUUUGCUUUAGUCCAGAUGGAAGAUAUCUCGCUACUGGUGCAGAGGAUAAACUUAUCCGGGUUUGGGAUAUUGCUUCACGAACGAUUAGAAAUACCUUCUCAGGACACGAACAAGAUAUUUAUUCAUUGGAUUUCGCUCGUGAUGGCCGUACCAUUGCUUCCGGAAGUGGUGAUCGAACUGUUCGUCUUUGGGAUAUUGAAGCUAGUCAAAAUAUUUUGACUCUUAGCAUUGAGGAUGGCGUUACAACUGUCGCCAUCUCACCCGAUACUAAGUAUGUCGCUGCCGGAUCUCUUGAUAAGAGUGUCCGUGUUUGGGAUGCUGCUACUGGUUACUUGGUAGAGAGACUUGAAGGUCCAGAUGGUCACAAGGACAGUGUUUAUUCCGUUGCAUUCGCACCAAAUGGAAAAGACCUUGUCUCUGGAAGUUUGGAUAAAACCAUCAAGAUGUGGGAACUUGUCGCCCCAAGAGGUGGUCACCCAAAUACAGGUCCAAAGGGUGGAAGAUGUUUACGAACAUUUGAAGGACACAAGGACUUUGUUCUUUCCGUUGCUCUUACUCCAGAUGGAGCUUGGGUUCUUUCCGGAUCAAAGGAUAGAGGUGUUCAAUUCUGGGAUCCAAGAACUGGUAACACUCAACUUAUGUUACAAGGUCAUAAGAAUUCUGUUAUUUCAGUGGCACCAAGUCCUUCAGGAGGUUCUUUCGCUACUGGUUCGGGUGAUAUGAGAGCGAGAAUCUGGAGUUACAAGAACAUCUGAUAGCUUUGUUUAUGUAAUGAAAGACUUGCGCUGGGAAUGAAAGUAAGAAAAAAAAAGAAAGAAAUUGAAGAGGAUAGAAGAAGAAAAACAAUAACGUGGUAUUGUAUCAUACCAAAGGCGAGGCGAUCAAUGGCGUACUUGGUAUGUUGAACCUGGUGGAUAUGGAUUCUAAUUGACUCUUUAUUCAUUGAGAAGUUUUAUAUUGGCAAGCUCAUGAGGGACUGAAAUGACAAUCUAUUUCCGAUGGAGGUUUCUCAUUUGGAUGUUGGGGAUGCGAUGCAUGCAUGGGUUUCGUUUGUCUUAUAGGGGCUUUCUGAUGGGAAGGGGAGGGAGAAAUGAAAUAUUUGAUAUGAUAGAUCAAUGAGAUGUAAUUUUUUUUCCA